AUGUUCCCGCGGAAGCUGGCGGCGGCGGCGGCGGCGGCGGCGGCAGCGCGCGCGGGUCCGCGGGGCGGGGGCUUGCUCGCCGUGCUGGCCAAUCAGUGCCGCUUCGUGACGGGCCUGCGCGUGCGGCGCGCGCAGCAGAUCGCGCAGCUCUACGGCCGCCUUUACUCGGACAGCGCGCGCCGCGUCCUCCUCGGCCGCCUGUGGCGCCGGCUGCGCGGCCGCGCGGGCCAUGCCUCGGCGAUGAUGGCGGCGCUCGCCGGCGUCUUCGUGUGGGACGAGGAGCGGAUCCAGGAGGAGGAGCUGCAGAGAUCCAUCGAUGAGAUGAGACGGUUGGAGGAAAUGUCCACUAUGUUCCAGAGCUCUGGAGUUGACCGCCACCCUCCAGAACCAAAACCCCAAACAGAAGGGAGUGAGGAUUCCGGGGCCAAAGCGCAGCCGUGGGAGAUGGUGAUGGAGAAGAAGCACUUCAAGCUGUGGCGGCGCCCUAUCACGGGCACCCCCCUGUACCAGUACCGAGUCUUUGGAACCUACACAGAUGUGACACCCCGGCAGUUCUUCAAUGUUCAGCUGGAUACAGAGUACAGGAAAAAGUGGGAUGCCUUGGUGAUCAAACUGGAAGUGAUUGAGAGGGACAUGGUCAGUGGUUCCGAGGUUCUUCACUGGGUAACCCACUUUCCUUAUCCCAUGUACUCACGGGAUUAUGUUUAUGUUCGGCGGUACAGCGUGGACCAGGAAAACAACGUGAUGGUGUUGGUGUCACGCGCUGUGGAGCACCCUAGCGUGCCAGAGUCUCCAGAGUUUGUAAGGGUCAGAUCAUAUGAAUCCCAGAUGGUCAUCCGUCCCCACAAGUCAUUUGAUGAGAACGGCUUUGACUACUUGUUGACCUACAGUGACAAUCCCCAGACCGUGUUUCCUCGCUACUGCGUUAGUUGGAUGGUUUCCAGUGGCAUGCCGGAUUUCCUGGAGAAGCUGCACAUGGCCACUCUGAAAGCCAAGAACAUGGAGAUCAAAGUAAAGGACUACAUGUCAUCGAAGCCUCUGGAAAUAGGCGGUGAAGCGAAGGCCAGCAGCCCGUCUUCCGAGCGGAAGAGCGAGAGCAGCUGUGGCCCCGCCCGGAUUGAGUACGCUUGAAGGGCUUCAGGAUGAGAAGGGACCGGCUGCUCCUGGCCCUGCCUCGGUCCCUUCUCACUCUGCCACAGAACGGGGACAUGUAUUGCAAGGCUCGGAAGGUGUCUGCCGUAACCACCAGUGCAAGAUAAUUCAAUAACUGGUUCUGAUUUCAUUCAGAGCCCUCGUUGCUCUUUAUCAAAAUGGAGAAGAAGGAGGCAUCUGUGGGGGUGUUGUCACAUUCUCUGGCCAAGCAUUUUGCAAUUCAGUAUUCCACUGAGCUAAUCUGGAACAAACCUCACCUCAGGCCGAAAGGGGAUGACUUGUUUUUGUUUCCCCUGAGUAGUUUCCUCCGCCAGCAUUCCAGCUUCCACCGUCAGUUCUGCAGAGUUUGGACUCCUCCAGUCUGACGGUCCAACUGGAAAGUGCGGUGGCCUGUUGAUGGUUCACUGAAGGGUCGUUGGGAGUGCAGUGCUUGGUGACAGUCUUGGUGUUGACGGGAUGUGAGCUGUUGUUCGGCAGUGGAAGUGCCUUGUCCUCACCUUGCUUCUGUCUUUCGGGACAUGAACUUUGUACCAAGGAAUUGCUCUCUGCCGCCCACGUACCACCCCAUUGACCACACAGAGGCUUUGGAUCGGCCCGUUCUCUGUAUUCAUUCGUUGGGGUUAAUCGGGCUGGCACCUCCUUCCUUGGCCCAUUUACCAAGAACACAGAACGAAUCCUUUCAGACAGUAGCUGUCUGUAUCAUCAGUGUUUUCAGAGAGUCAGUGGAGAUGCUCAGAACAUCACACUUUAGGUUUUUUUAAUCUUUGUGUCAAAAAGUAGGAAUUGGGGAGUUGAAAAGAAUUUCUCCAUAGUCCCACUGUCUGGAAGGUACCAUUUUGAUUCUGGCAUUAUUUUUUAUACUUCAGGUUUGACUGGACGCCGAGGGCUUGUCCAUCUCAAAAGGCGGAAGGCAGAGAGUGGGGUGGGCUGCUCCCUAGCGCUCUCAGAGCUGUAGACAAGCUGUGUGAAUGAAUAAACGUACUCUUGCCCCAAACACUAAUGUAACGGGGGUAUGGUUUGUGUGACCCCUUGUUUUUCUGAAAGUAUUUCCUUCUCUCUUCAGAGCUAAAAUAAAAUUGAACUAGGCCAUUAGGAUGAAGUCACAUCAGAUGGUGUCAGUUUGGCCUCGCUGGUUCUGCUGUGGUCAUGCUGCCAUCUGACGUGAGACUAGGGAUCAAGUUUGAAACCCUCCCGCCCCUUUUUUGCUAGAAUUUAAAUGACCAGGUUUUCCCUUUUUUUCCUACUUGGAGCUAAACCUGAGACUAACUUAAGCCCCUCGACCUCUUUGUUGCCUGUGAAGUUUUGUGCCAAGGAACCAUCCCAGUGCUUCCUGUCUUGCCUUCUCGGAGUCAUUGGCAGAGCAGAGAUAUGUCUAGCAGUCCCAGCUCGUCACUGAUUAUUUCUCUCCUCAUUCCUAGGGCCUGACACACCCAGGAGGAGGCCCUGGCUUAUUGUUGGAACUCGCCUGUGACUGUCGAGAGUGGGUGGGCGUGGGUGACAGUAUGAGUGUACAGGUGGUCAGCAGCUGUGUUUUGUUCCAGUGUUUGGGAAUUUGACUGCAGUUGGGGUCGGUCUGUAUAGCUGCUUAUGUAAUGAUGAUUUCACUGCGAACGGUGACAUUUUUAUCAUAUGUAUGCAUAAAUACAUAAAUAUUGGUACAAAAGA